AUGGUAAGAGCUGUGAAAGAUAGCUUUGGGCAUGAUAAAGCCUUACAAUGUUAUGCCCAUUGCUUAAAUUUAUUGGUCGAACAAGCGCUCGAAGAUUCACCAAGUAUAUCUGUCAUAAUAAACAAAGUAAAAAAAAUUGUAACCUACAGCAAACAAAGUGUUAAGGCAACUGAUGUAAUCAAAGAAAUCCAAAAAAGUAAUGGAUGUUAUGACAUCCUGUGCGGCCCUCCAACCGACACAUUACCCGACGACGCAGUGGAAGAACAGUAUAUAAGUACAUCCACAGAAGGUUAUGAUUAUGAAUCAGGUGAUAUUGGACAUAAACGACAUUUUAUACAAAAAACCCUUAAAGAACAUGUAAUAGUUACAACACCUGCCAAAAAAAAAGGUUCUCGAUAUACAUGGCUGUAA